UGUACAGUAUAUGUUAUCUCCCGGACUCCACGCGCCCUCACACCGGAUCUCCUCGGUGAUCUCUGAACCGACUCAGCACGUGACGUCACUGUCUUCCUUAGUAACCCUCCUCGGCGUCUUCGGAGGAAAACCAUCAACAUGGGUUUAUUAUCAAUUCUCCGAAAGCUGAAGAGUGCUCCAGACCAGGAGGUGCGCAUCCUGCUCCUGGGACUCGACAAUGGAGGAAAGACAACACUACUCAAACAGCUGGCUUCUGAGGACAUCAGUCACAUCACUCCUACACAGGGCUUCAACAUUAAGAGUGUGCAAUCCCAGGGUUUCAAGUUAAAUGUAUGGGACAUUGGAGGUCAGCGGAAGAUCAGGCCAUACUGGAGAAACUAUUUUGAAAACACUGAUGUGCUUAUUUACGUCAUAGACAGUGCAGAUCGGAAGAGGUUUGAGGAAACAGGACAGGAGCUAGCCGAGUUGCUGGAUGAGGAGAAACUAAGCGGUGUCCCUGUCCUUAUCUUUGCAAAUAAGCAAGACUUGCUCACCGCUGCACCAGCUUCAGAGAUUGCAGAGGGUCUGAACCUGCACACCAUUCGAGAUCGCAUGUGGCAGAUCCAGUCCUGCUCUGCUCUCACAGGCGAGGGAGUCCAGGAUGGCAUGAAUUGGGUGUGCAAGAAUGUCACAGCAAAGAAGAAAUAGGAGUUUAUGCCAUCCAGGCACUGCGUGAAAAAGCAAACACUGUGGAAUAUGUGGAAUCUUCACCAGCUGGACCAGGUUGUCGAGGAAUGAUCUUUGUAUCGUAGGCACCUGAGGAUGCCUAGGACAAGACCCUUUAAUCUCCCUGACACUAGUAAACAUCCACCACAUUUCAUUAAUCAAGUUCUGUGCCGCAGUCCUCCUGGAACAUCUGAUCUACUGUUGUUUUACCUUUCAGUCUGAAGACUAACCAGUGCACCUAUAAUAACCACUACACCUAACCCAAGACUGCAGCUAUUAAAACCCGACACUCCCAGCCAUACGUUUUUGACAAGGCUCAUCAUGGGUUUAGGCUGAGAUCCUGAUCGUUUCCUCGACACUCUGUGUUGUCUGAGCAGAGGCUUGUUACUUCAUGUAUUGCGGAUUGAUGAUGUGCUAUGAGCUAUCAAAAAUGUAUGUGCAUGUGUGUACAUGUAUGUGUGCACGUAGAAUGAGUGAAAGCUAGUUUUAUAGACUGCAGGAAUGUUUCUGGUCUAAUAUCAGUGAGAUGUUUUUGGCGUACAUACUUAUUUGCCCUGUCAGAGGGCACACACUUGAGUUUAUUCAUACACUGUUUUAUAUGUCAGUUAUUUUAGAAUCUUUAGUUCUUUAUACUAUUUCUUGCUUAUUUCUGUUUGUGCUGUGUUGACUUCCAAAGAGCAUUAUGCUGGUUUGUACCAUAGUACCAAAAAUAAAAAAGAGUGCUAAUGUUUUAAUUUGGUUAAUGAUAGAUGAGCAUCAAGAUAAGCCAGAGUGUUGAAAAGACUGUCCCUUCUAAUUCAGGACAGGACUUGAAUGAAACUGACAGGUGCCCUUGUAACAGGUUUAACAGGCUUAAGCAUCUGGUUGUGGCAGUGGAGAGGUAGGUGCUUUGUGUGCGAGUGUGUCCAAUCUGAUAACCACUAGAGAAAAGGAAGGAACUGACAUGGUGGUGUUUUUGUUUGUUUGUUUGUCUGUCUGUGUUCUGGGACCAGGAUUAGCGAAUAUUUUACUUUGUGUAUUUUAACAUUCCAUUCAUCAGGCCUCAGUACAUCAGAACCUGGUAACGGUUUAUGACUGUACCUGCGUACAUAUCUUGUUACUGUACAAUGUUUUCCUUUAUUCUUUCAAAUACUCCAGUGUAAAAGAUUGUAAUGAUUUUACAGAAUAUUUUAUGAAACACUUUCUAGAGGAUAGUCAUGUCAGCAUAAUAAACAUAUUGAAACACCAACAAA